UUCUCUGCAAAGGGGAGAAAGAGAAAGGAGGUGGACGACGGAAAGCCUUUAAAAAUGGCGCCCUUGCGUUUAAAUUAGGCCACACCCACCCACCACUUCGCUUCUUUUGUUCUCCUGUUUCGUACAACAGAGAGAGAAAGAGAGAGAGAGUGAGAGGGCUGCUGCCUAGGUUAGGUUAGGUUUGGGAUAGGUUGAAGAAGAUGAUGGUGAGAACUCCCCCAGCGAAGAAGCAACGGGCGACGGAGAUGGAGAGCCCACCGCCUGCUGUCCCAGGCCCUCUCGUCAUCUACGAGGACGACCCUCCUCCUUCUUCCCUUCCACCCACCGACUCCUCCCACCACUUGCUAUGCACCUACCAAUGCCGUCAAAUGGUUAAAUCAGAUUUUAUAGAUGCCUUCAGCAAUGCGGAGAAGCAAGUUUUGGAUUAUCAAUCUAGGUUGGAGGCAUUAAAUAACAACUUCUGCAAAGUUGAAUCUGAGAGGAAGAAAUUUCUGGAACAAUUCUUAUAUGCAGAACAAGAACUUGCUGCUGCAAAGGGACGUGAACAGGCUCUGCAGGAGCAGCUUUUGAAGGAGAUCCACGAUUCUCAUGAAAGAUUGACUAAACAAUUACAGUCGUGCAGUGAACUUGAGGUGAAGCUCCAAAACGAGAUGAACCUUCGCAUGAAAGCCGAGUCUUCAGCAGCUUUGGCUGAGGAGAAAGCGAAUAGUUUAAAGGGGAAACUGAGCCAUCUUUCUGAGAGCAUGGAGAGGGAAAAAAAGCGUCUCCAUAACGAUCUUGCCCAUCUGAAAAAAGAAUCCGAGCUUUCUGUUUCUAGAAUAACUGCCGAUCUUGAACGAAUGGAAUGCAGAGCUCAUAAUGCUGAGAAAGAAUCAGAGCUACUGCAAGAGCAGCUGGAUGAUCUUAAGGAGCAACUUAAUGAGUGCGUGCAACAGAAGAGUGAAGUAGAAAAGAAACUAUCAAGUUCCACAUUACAAGAAGUUAAAUCUACGGAUGAUAUUUUGGUUAAACAUCUGCAAGAAGAACUAAGAAACUAUGAUGCUGAAGUGAGGGAAGCAAGAAAGCUGAAAUCUUCUCAUGAAAAUGUUGAGUUAUUGAAGGAAAAAUUGUUGGAAGAAAAGAGCCGCAGAGAGAGGGUAGAGUCAGAGUUAUCCAAGCUACAAGAGUUGCAGCCAAGUAUGAAGACUUUGGAGGAUGAAUUGACAUCUUGGAAGUUGAUGCUGAAAGACAUUCCAGGCGUAUCAUGUUCUGAGGAUAUCCCUGUUAAAUUUGCAGCUUUGCAAAAAGAGGUAAUUGAUAGCAUGAUGAAGGUGGGCCUGGCAAAUGCCCGCUUGAAACAAGUGGAGGUCUCUCUGGAUGCUGCACAAAUUGAUAAACAAAAUGCUGAAACUGAGGCUGCCCUGGCCAAGGAGAAGGUGGAUGCAUCAAAAUCAGAGGUUAACCGGAUUGAAUUGAUGCUCUCUAUGGUUACUGAGGAAAGAGAUAAGUUGAGAAAUGUCGUCAAUGAACUUAAGUUGGCAAAGAAUGAUGAAGCGGGACAUGAAACAUCCAAUCAAACUUUUCUUCAGGAGCUUGAAUCAUCUCUUGCAAAGAAAGAGUGCUAUAUUAAAGAAUUGGAAUGUGGUCUAUGUGAACAAAAAGAAGUUAAUAGUCGUCAACGUGAAGAAAUAAAGUUGCUUAAUGAGAGGUUAAACAAUGAAGCUAGAAGAAUAAAGUCAUUGGAGAGGGAGAGCGAUCGACUUGGUUCAGAGAUUGCUCUGUUGGAGUCCAAGUUGGGUCAUGGUGAUUUCUCUGCUGCAAAUACUAAAGUUUUACGAAUGGUGAAUACUCUUACGGUUGAUAAUGAAGCAAAACAAACUAUAGAGGCAUUACGAACUGAGUUACAGAAGACGAAGGAGAAGUUACAGGCUGUUGAAGAACUGAGAAGUCAAUCAGGUGAUGCUGGUAAAUUAGUGGAUUCCUACAUAUCUGAGAAGAUAGUGCAGUUGAAAGAACAAAUUGCAACUCUUGAAAAACGCGAGGAAAGGUACAAAACUGUUUUUGCUGACAGAAUUUCAGUGUUCAGGAGGGCAUGCUGUGAGCUUUUUGGUUACAAGAUUGUAAUGGAUGAACACCAGCGUCCCAAUGGAAUCCCUGUUACACGUUUUACCCUCCAAUCUAUAUAUGCUCAAAGUGAUGAUGAGAAACUUGAAUUUGAAUAUGAAUCAGGGAGCACAAAUAUUUUGGCAAAUGAUUAUACCUCGCAUCCUGAGAUAUCUCAUCAGGUUGAGAUAUUUAUUCGGAAGUUAAAUUCAAUCCCAGCUUUCACUGCCAACCUAACUGUGGAGUCUUUCAACCGGCGAACGUUAACUUAAAACUAAGUGAACUACUCAUCAAUUUUGCGCUCAAAGUAUGUUUCAAUGUCUCUUACAGAUGAGUCACCAAGAUUGUAUAUUUUACUUGUCAUGUCUUCCCUAAAUUGGUGAUAUGCGGGAAACUUUGGCAUAUGCGCGUCUACGUUUGUGUUCCUGCAUAUAGACUUGAAAAGCAAAUGUGCUGCUGAUAUAUUGCGUGUAUCUGUCUUUGCCAUUUCCCCA